AUAUCUCAACGGUCAGGCGGUUUUGAAUACCACUCACUAUAGAUCGUAAAAAGGAAAACAAAAUAUUCAUUUUCCACAACAAAAAAAAAAAUCAAGAAUCCAAUUUUGAGCCAGAGUUCGAUUGUUUUCUCCAGCUCAAAAUUGAUAUCUUGAUUGUAAGCCAUGUCUGCGGACAAAGAGUACUAUGAAACAUUGGGAGUUGAAGAAGAUGCCUGUCUAGCAGAUCUCAAUAAGGCUUACUAUCAAAAGGCAAGAGCUGUACACCCUGAUAAAACCCACGGAGAUCCCGAAGCUGCAGCUCAAGAUUUCCAUGCAUUAGGAGAGGCUUAUCAGGUACUAAGUGACCCUGAAAAACGUGAAGCAUACGACAAAUUCGGAAAAGAGGAAGGAAUGAAGGACUCGAUGGUUGAUCCAACAGUUCUUUUCGGAAUGAUGUUUGGAAAUGAAAUAUUUGAGAAUUACGUGGGCCAACUUUCGUUGCUUUCUUCACCUCCCCCUGAAUUUGAUCCAGAGUUACCCCCUGAAGUUCAAAAACCCAAACUCGAGAAGAUACUCAAGGCAUUGCAAGAAGAAAGGGAAGAGAAACUCAUAAAAAUUCUGCAAAAACGACUUGAACUAUAUGUUCAAGGCCAAAAAGACGAAUUUGUAGAAUCUGCAGAAUUAGAAGCCCACCGUCUUUCUCAAGCUGCUUUUGGCAAGGCUAUGUUGCAUACUAUCGGAUACAUAUACACAAGGCAAGCUGCAAGAAAAAUCGGAAAGGGGAAGCGUUAUAUGAAGGUUCCGUUUUUAGCAGAGUGGGUUCGGGACAAAAGACACUCGAGAAGAACACAGUCUGCAGCAGCUCAAGCUGCUAUUGCAUGCAUUCAACUGCGGGAGGAAUGGAAGAGGUGUACCGAAGAAGAGAUUAAGGAUGAGAACACAAUGAAAACAGCUGAAAAAAUCAAAGAAGCGAUUUUCGAUUCUUUCUGGAGAAUGAAUGUGGCGGAUAUUGAAAUGACUGUUUCCCAUGUGUGUCAAUCGGUUUUGAAAGAUUCCGAAGCUUCCAAGGAAGUUCUCAGGUUACGGGCCCGCGGAUUAAAGAAACUCGGUGAAAUUUUCCAAGGUGCGAUGCCAAAUCAAGAUACAGUAGACAAAAGAACCGAUGCAUAGGUGAAGCAUUGACUACUUCGCAGGUGGCGUUACGUAAAUUGAGUAUAAACUUAAGUCUUCUCAAAAGCUAAAAUAGAAGGAUGAGCUUAUUUUUCGUUUCGUGUUUUUUGAGGUUCUUUGUACCAAUGUAGCUCGCUCCUAUAGAAAGGAAAUCGGAAAAACCGAAAAAAAAAGAGGACAAAAUACUAUGGAAUAGGAAAUAUAUUUAUCUGUGCAGGAUCCGACAUUGUCGCGCUUGUAUAUGUAUACAUAGUGUAGUUAUACGCAGAUAUUCAAUGUAACUUCGUGUGGCUGAUCAAUUGACUUCAUAUAUACGGUAAAUGUUAAGGGCAAAAAUUGUCGAUAAAGUUAUAUCGGGCGAAAGUGUUAUAACGAGUCUCUUAAGUAAUAUAUUGUACCUUUGAAAUUAGAAUCCUUCUUUUCUGAUUUAUUUAUUUAUUUUUUGGGG